UUCCUUGGGGUGGCCUGUACACCAACAUAUUCAGUGACUGGCCAGAGCCCAUUAUCCUGGGAACCUUCACACCCUUUGGAUGUGGUAGCAUUUCUCUUCCUCAUAGGAAAGUCAUAGCCAUGAUGUUUAAUCAGGAUGGAGGCAUGCUGAUCAGCAAGAAAGGAAACAUCGUACGAGAAUGGAUGUGGCCUUCCAAGGGAAAGAUUGAAGAUCCAAUUGAAAUCGGGGUAAAUCAAUAUAUCACUGUGACUAUUUCGGGGCGCUUCGCCAUCACCUUGAUGUACAAACGGCAUCCACAAAGCCUGAAGCUGUCACUGGCGCCUGUGAAACACAAGCCUCCACGUUUACCUAAUAAGAUGUUCCCUGAUAUCCACCCCUCUACCCGAGAUGCUAAGGAAAUGUUGGCGACCUACAAAACGAAGUGCAGGCUGCUGAAGUUCAUGGCCCAGAACAAAGAUGCUUCAAAUUUAGCAGACCCAGUGGACACAGACUCUGAUGAUCCAGGAACGGACAUAAGCCUUCUGCAUGACCUUGUGGCAUCCAUCAAACUAAGCAAAAUGCAGAAGAAGGUUAAACACAUCCUCCUUCACUGGCUGAAUUACUACAGAUCCACAUUGGGGCUGGAAUCACUGCAUAUUUGCAAACUGCCCAUGUUUGCCAAAAAAGCGGUCAGGAAACCAAAGGUUGCAUUUGCAAUACCUGCCCUGAGUCGGAACGCAAAGGAAGCCGAUUGGUACAAGGAGUAUCUCCGGUACAGAAAUACCUUCCUGGCGCUGAAGGAGUUCUUCAAGCCUUUGCCUUACCAUUACAUCCACAGGACCUCAACCACCAACCAGUGCUCCCGGCUUCCUCUUCUCACUGGGAGGAAGGACUUGUGGUUUUCUUCCCAGCUGGCUUGUCCUGUGGUCCUGAGGAAGACCAUGCGUGGGGAGAAAGAGGACGUAUGCAGAUGUAGCUGUCACAUCAUCCCCGAGGUGACAGACCUGGAGUAUGACAACCUCAUAAGCAACCAGCUGUCGCAUGUGGACCAGAUCAUUGUAGUCUGUGUGUUCUCGGCCAAGAAAGAGGACAAGACUAUAGGAGAAGUGACUGACGUGUACAAGGAAGUAAACAAAUCCAGACACAUGCCUUGCAUUCAGGUGAGAGUUACACGGACAAAGUGUGGGAUGUGUUUGCUUGUGUUUCAUUCUAACAGGCUCCCUCAGACACAUAAAGGAUUACAGAAGGACUUCUGGCUCCCUGCUUUGUAUUUGGCAUUACAGUACAUUUGUAUAAUAAAGGUCACAAAUCUUCAUGGCGUAGCUCUGGUUUGGGUAUGCUUUCUCCCAACUAGAGUACCAGAAACUUGAAGAGAAAGGGUCUGGUUGGAGAUGAUUGCAUCCCAGGGGCACAGCCCCUUGAAGAGAUUAGUACUUUUCUUCUGGAGUUUUCUAGGGCUAACGCAACCGUGUUAGUUCUCAUGAAAAGGAGUUGUUAUAAAAGUAGACCACGCCAUGCAUUUGGUUCCUUCUGCAUGCAGACAUUUUUCCUUAUAUUUCUCCAUCAUGUUGUAAAGCAGUCAGGGAGAGAGCCUUCCUCAGAGAACAUCCAGAAUCAUGAGCCAAAUAAACAACUUAAAAAAAUUAGCCAUACUUUACCUAAUGUCAGGUAUUUUGUUAUGGCAACGCAAAAUGGAUUAAAACACGUAUAUAGUAUUAUGGAUUUGGAGUAUGUACAGUGCCUAUAUAUUACCACUCAGAUGAAGAUAUAGAAGAAUAUUUCAGGCCUGAAAAACUCUUCUCUUUCUCUUUUCUUCCUAGUAAAUAAUCUACUAAACUAGCCAAGCCCAGGUAAUCAUAUUCUUAUUCCUUUGUAUGCAUAAGUUAGUUUUAUCUUUUUCUAGAUGGUCGUUGUAUGCUUUAAAAAACCACAAGGUAUAACUUCCUCUGCCAGAGGAUAGGAACAGUAAAAACUAUCCAUCUGCCAAUGUCUUCCCACUCUGUUGUCUGUGGCAGACAUCACUAAUCUAUCCAUCUGCCAAUAUCCUCCCAUUCUGUCUGUGACAGACAUCACUAAUCCAUCUUUCUCCAUCUGCCAGUAUCCUCCCAUUUGAGGCCUUUGUCACCCCCCCCCCAUGUCAUCUCUGAGAGUUUUACUGCUUCUGGUCUUGGUCCUUCUGAUAUUUCCUAUUAUUACAGGGUGUUCUUUAAACACACGGACAUACCCAUGCCAUUCUCCUGCUUACCCUCUAAGGCAGUGGUUCUCAACUUUCCCAACGACACAACCCUUUAAUACAGUUCCUUGUGUUGCGGUGACCCCCAACCAUAAAAUUAUCUUGUUGCUACUUCAUAACUGCAAAUUUGCUACUGUUAGGAACUGUAAUGCAAAUAUCUGAUAUGCAGGAUACCUGACAUGCGACCCCCAGGUUGAGAGCCAGUGCUCUAAGACUUCCCUCUGGAUGCAGUCCACGUUCUUCUGCUUGGCUCCCCAUGCUAACCCCAGAGCUGUUCUUAGGGGGUGACUCAGAGUGCACAGUGCUUGCCCUUGAGCAGGCUGAACCUGCAAAGGCCUGGGGCCUCAAAGUACUCGCUGCUUCUGGUGAGUUGUCUUUGGGGUGUUGCCCUCGGUGUGCCCUGAACAGCUUCUGGGGAGUGUGUCAUUGUUUCCUACUGGACCCUGUCUGAAACCCAGUAGGAAAAAUCAUCCCUCUAAAUGAGGAACUGGAAAGCUUUGCUUCCCAUGAGGAUUUCUUGUUUCUUGCCCCGGGUUCGAGAAUGGUUGGCAGCUGUCUGGGCUUCUCUUUCCCCUUUGCUUGCAUACACAGAGGGGCACUCAAGACUGCAUGAUAAGGAACAAGUAAACGCAUACAGACUGCCAAGUAUGGCGGUUCAGGCCUUCAAUCCACAGUGAGCGUCCUGGUAUAUCUACUGGCGCAGGGCAGGCUGAGUCUAGAACUUUGGGUUUGAGGACCAGAAUGCUGUGGAAUUUAGCAAAAUUCUUUUGGCUAUGUUUUAAUAUGGCGGAGCAGUGUAGGCCUUAAUACCAGAACUCAGGAGGCAGGUAGAUCUUUGUGAGUUCAAGGCCACCUGGUCUACAAAGUGAGUCUGAGGCUAGAUGGGGUGCCAUAAUAGGAUCCUGUCUCAAGAACAAACAAAACAAAAACCUAAAAAGCAAAAACAAACAAACAGAACAAACAGCAACCUAACCCCAACCCAAGCUCUCUUUUUCUUUUCCCGUAGAGUAAUUUGGAUUCCUUCCGGUUGCUCAAAUACGAUGUCACAUCUGCGUCUCAGUUUACGGAACCUGGCCGCCCGCUCCUAGUCCGAAGACACAAUCUCACCCCUGGAAUUUUUUUGAUGUACAUUCGAGGAAAAUUACUCUUUGCCAACUUUAUCUUCAAUGGGUACAGCACAUCAGCUAAUGACCUUCAAAAGCAAAUUGUGAAGACAAGAAAGGAUUAUCACAAGGGCUAUUUCCUCCCCAGCGACUUCCAGAUACGGUAGAGUAACUACACAUGUCUUAUGUCAUCUCACACUUUUUUAAAGCAAAUCUUUUAUUAUUUUAUGUGUAUGGAUGUUUUACCUGUGUAUAUGUCUAUACCAUGUGCAUUCCUGAAGAUGGAAGAGGGCAUCAGAUCCCCCUGGAAUGGAGUUACAGAAGAUUGUGAGCUGCCAUGUAGGUGCUGGGAACCAAAGCCGGAUCCUCUGGAUCAGUCAGUGCUCUUAACCACUGAGUCAUGUCUCCAGCCCCAGAGAGAUAUAGUUUGUUUUCUUGUUUUUCAAGACAGGGUUUCUCUGUGUAGCCCCGGCUGUCCUGGGACUUCUCUGUAGACCAGGCUGGCCUCGAACUUACAGAGAUACGCCUGCCUCUGCCUCCUGAAUGCUGGGAUUAAAGGUGUGCACCACCACCACCCACUUUCAUUUCACACUUUUAACCAGCAAAUCUCAGACAAAGGCAUGUUCCAAAACCUGCUUUUUGGGGUACUUUUUCUCCUUGACCAAACAUUUCCUGGAGAAAGGUAGUUUAUAUUUUUAAAAGUUUCAAGAAAGGCUACUUUCUCUUUAUCCAGCAUCUUAUUUACAGGGCUAUUCUGAGACUCCUGGGACUAUCCCAAGACAAGGUCUGAACCACUGGAUACUAACUCCCUCCUUGACGCUGGCACAUCUUUUCUGUCAGGAGGGUAACAGACAGAACCUGUUGUAUCCAGAAGGAAUGGUGGAAAUGGAAAUUUUAAACUCAAGCCAGGCACAGUGGUGGUCCACACCUGUAAUCCUAGCAGUUGGAAGAAGGCUCUAACUGUAUCUCCAAAAAAAAAAAAAAAAA